CGCAGCCCCGUUAUCUUAAAUAACUGCAGCCUCGGCGCCGCCUGCGGCGAUGCGCCAGCAGGAAACUCGCUCCACCUGGCUUCCCCGCAGACCUGCGAGCCCCUUUUCUAAUCUACCGGGCUGAGCCGGGUGCCGGAUCCUGAGAGCGCGAGAUUUUCUUCCUCUUCCCUAUAUCAUCUUAUUCUUAAUUAUAAAUCAUGAGGAAUCAAGAUAAAAGAGCUGCACACGAAGAUUCAGAACCAUCCACAGAGGUGAAUCACACAGCCUCCUCAUAUCAAGGAAGACAGCAGGAAACAGUUAUGAACCUCAGAGGUAUAGAUGGAAAUGAACCAACAGAAGGAAGCAACUUACUGAAUAGCAAUGAAAAAGUGCAAGAAACACCAGCUGAACCAAAUCAUUUGCAAAGACGAAGACAAACACAUGCUUGCCCUCCACAUGGUUUACUGGCUAGAGUAAUAACAAAUGUUACCAUGGUGGUUCUUCUAUGGGCGGUGGUUUGGUCAAUUACCGGCACUGAAUGUCUUCCUGGAGGAAACUUGUUUGGAAUUAUAAUGCUGUUCUAUUGUGCCAUCAUUGGAGGUAAACUUUUCCGACUCAUUAAGUUACCUACGUUACCUCCACUGCCUCCUCUUCUGGGCAUGCUGCUUGCUGGCUUCCUCAUCAGAAACAUCCCUGUCAUCAGUGAUAACGUACAGAUCAAGCACAAGUGGUCCUCUGCUUUGAGAAGCAUAGCCCUGUCUGUCAUAUUGGUCCGCGCUGGUCUUGGGCUUGAUUCAAAUGCCCUGAAGAAGUUGAAGGGUGUUUGUGUAAGGUUAUCCUUGGGUCCUUGUCUCGUGGAGGCGUGUGCAUCUGCUGUCCUGGCCUACUUCCUCAUGGGUUUACCAUGGCAAUGGGGAUUCAUGCUGGGUUUUGUUUUAGGUGCUGUGUCUCCAGCUGUCGUGGUGCCUUCAAUGCUCCUUUUGCAGGAAGGAGGCUAUGGUGUCGAGAAAGGCAUCCCCACCUUACUCAUGGCUGCUGGCAGCUUCGAUGACAUUCUGGCCAUCACUGGCUUCAACACCUGCCUGGGCAUGGCCUUCUCCACAGGCUCCACAGUUUUUAAUGUUCUCAAAGGCGUUUUGGAGGUGAUCAUUGGUGUGGUGACUGGGGUGGUUCUUGGAUUUUUUAUUCAGUAUUUUCCAAGCAGCGACCAGGACAAACUUGUGUGGAAGAGAGCAUUCCUGGUCUUGGGGCUGUCUGUGCUGGCUGUGUUCAGCAGCACAUAUUUUGGUUUCCCUGGAUCAGGAGGACUGUGCACGCUGGUCACAGCUUUCCUUGCGGGCAGAAGAUGGGCCAGCACAAAGACAGAUGUUGAAAAAGUUAUAGCAGUUGCCUGGGACAUCUUUCAGCCCCUUCUCUUUGGACUGAUUGGAGCAGAGGUAUCAAUUACAGCUCUCAGACCAGAAACUGUAGGUCUUUGUGUUGCCACCCUGGGCAUUGCAGUAUUAAUACGAAUUUCAGUCACAUAUCUGAUGGUGUGUUUUGCUGGUUUUAAUAUUAAGGAAAAGCUAUUUAUUUCUUUUGCAUGGCUUCCAAAGGCCACAGUCCAGGCUGCAAUAGGAUCUGUGGCUUUGGACACAGCAAGAUCACAUGGAGAGAAACAGUUAGAAGGAUAUGGCAUGGAUGUGUUGACAGUGGCAUUUUUGUCCAUCCUCAUCACAGCCCCAGUUGGAAGCCUACUUAUUGGGUUGCUCGGCCCCAGACUUCUCCAGAAAGCCGAACAAAAUAAAGAUGAAGAAGAUCAAGGAGAGACGUCUAUACAAGUUUAGAGGUGAAAAGAGAGAAUGCUGAAUACAGCCCUCAGAAGGCUGCUGUCGGGGUCUGCUUUUGUCAACUAGCAGAGACUAGUUUUAUCCGGAUGGAUAUUGACAUAUUUAGUGUUUAAGUGUAAAUUAGUAGAACCAGAGUGUGGCUAUUUUUUUUUUAACAGCAUUUUUGGCUAUUACAGGGACGGUGGUAAUGUUCUACAUCUCCAACCUGCUCCCUUCCUUAAUUUUUUUCUUCAAAUACCUAUUCAUCAUUAUCUCUUAGUUUGUAUAGGGACAUGUAUACUUUGGGCUUCCCUAGUGGCUCAGCGGUAAAGAAUCUGCCUGCAAUACAGAAAAUGUAGGAAUCACAAAUUCAAUCCCUGGGUCGGGAAGAUCCCCUGGAGGAGGACAUGGCAACCUAAUCCAGUAUUCUUCCCUGGGAAAUCCCAUGGACAGAGGAUCCUGGAAAAUUAUGGUCCAGGGGUCGCAUGGACCGAAGUGAUUGAGCACACAUAGAUACUUUAGUGUACUACCACAAUUUAAUUUCAGUGUCCUGUUCUGCUAGCCAACAGCUUGCUCUAACUUAGUGUUACCAUCACAAUUUCAUAAUUCAUGGUCACCUAACCUCUCAUGCCUUGAAUUGUUUUGGGCCCUUUUUUCUUUUUGUUUUUAAAUACCAUGACACAAUCCCUCAUCCAUUUCUACCUUCCCUCUUAAUCUGCCUCUUCUCCAUUUCUACCUCUCUUACCUGUCUUUCUUUGAAGUAGUAUAACUGAUUGUUCCCACCAAAAUUUUAUAAAGUACACAAAAUAUUUUAAUUGGUUUUUCUCUGGCACCUGUCCAGGUGUCAAAGACUAACUCCUAUCCCCCUAGUUAGCUUCACAGAGCCCCCCAUUUCAGUGGCUCAUCUGUUUCCUUCUACCUAAGCAGUGCCCUGACCCAGUCCUUUGUUUUUUGUGGCCCACAUUUUCAGGCUUUUCCUGUUCUCUAGGUAAGAGAUAGCUAAUUUUUAAAUCUAUGUCAGCCUCAUGAAUGCCAUAUUAAUCAGGGUAAGGUAAGCUGCUAUAAUGAAGAAAUGAAAUAUUAAAUACUUAAAUAGAGAAAUGCAUUUUCCUCUUACAAAACCAGUUGACAGGGUUCCUCUGCUCAUGAGGUUUAUUCAGCGACCCAGGUCCUUCCAUCCUGAGACUCUGCUGUGCCCUAGCUUAGGACAAAAGUCCCCUUUCUAGUCUUCAGGAAGAAGAAAAAAAAAGGAAGCCCAAGACAAGCAAUUUAUUUUUAGGGAAGUGAUGUGGCAGCAGACACAUCUCUCCUCUUACACUCUGUUGGUGAUAAUCACACCCACCCAGCUGAAAAGUAUUAUCUCUCACUAAGCAUUCACAUUCCCGGGAGAUGGAAAGACCAGAUUUGAGAGCCAGAAGUACUAUCAUCUUGGGUGUUACCAUCACCUAGUAGCAUAUUCUUGCAGGUUAACAAGGACUAUCUAAAGAUGUAACUUUAACCAAAAGAACGACUUGCGUGGCAGGAAUUUCAGGAAUUGUGACAUGCCAGUAGAGAAGAUAAGAAAGUCUUAUCUGCAAAAGUCUCAUUUUAUCCCACUUAAUCAACUGACCAUUUCUGCUUUUGUGUGUCACUUGUUAAGUUCCUCUACUCUAGAUCAGCUCCUGCCUAGUUGUUAUAAUAAUGUUUAGAUAAUGUCGUUAGAUUACCUAAGAUUCUGAUUUAAUAGAGACAAACAUAUGAACAAUCUGUAAAACGGGCUAUAAGUGCUCUGACAGAAGUGAGUAUAGGGUACAUUUACCCUUCAUUUAGUUAUUAGACUAACAGGUCAUGAAAUAACCUUAUCAUCAGACUACUCUUCCAGCCCUUUCCACCAUGACUUUCAAGCUGUUCAAAACCAGCUUAAUUUUUAUUAAUCUAACAUAAUAGGAAGCCAGAGAGUUUUCAUUUUUACGUCAGCCUGACUCUGGUUCCUCUAUGGGAUUGUAUUCCCUUAGUGUUUAUGUUCUCAACAGGGACCAGACUAGUUUAUACCAAAGUUCAGAGAGGUGAACUUCCUUGGCCAGGUGCGCCUUGGUUGUAGCACCAUAAACUUAAUGCUUAUCUGGUCCUCUACUUUCACAGGCUCUGAAACUAGAGUCACCCAACAAAUACUUACUAAAGCCUUUGGUGACCCAGGCACAUCAUAAAAACUAAUGUUGUUACCUACCAUCUUUAAGGAUCUGACAGUCUGAUUGAGGAUAGAAACCAUUAAACAAGAGAUUGCAAAACAGUGUGAUAAGUGCCAUGAUGCAGAAAGUACAGGGGUGCCAGGGAGCUCACAGCAGGAGUAACCCAUAAAUCAGGGGGGAGGUGCACUUUAGGCACAGCCUCCAGAGAAAGGACCUCAGCUAGGAUGUGGGGAUGAUUAGGACUUAGCAGGAGGCAUGGGAGACCCAAGGGUGCUGCAGUGAGUGCAGGUUCCCAUGUUCACCAGUAACUCUUCUCCAUGUAACAUAACAGGCUUUGAAUACUUACUAAUACAAAAUACAGUUAGUAUAAGUAAAUAAGAAUGUUAUCGUAAAUAUUCAAGGCCCCAAGAAAGAAUUAGAAAUGGAAAUUCAGAGUGUAGAGAUAAUUGAGAAUCCCCAAAAGCGACUGCCAAUAGCCUAUGCCAUUUUCAGAGCAUGUGGUGACUUUUUGCCUACCUGUCCUCGGUGAGCAGCUACCAAGCAAAUCUCUGUGGCUCUCUGUCCAGUGGGCGUCCAUGGUGGCUCAGUGAAUAAUCUGCCUGCAGUGCAGGAGACCCAGGUUCCAUCCCUGGGUCAGGAACAUUCCCUGGAAUAGGAAAUGGCAACCCACUCCAGUACUCUUGCCUGGAGAAUCCCAUUGGAUAGAGGGGCCUGGCAGGCUGCAGUCCAUGCAGUCACAAAGAGCUGGACAGGACUGAAUGGCUAAACUUUCACGUUCUCUGUCCGGUGUUGGUCUCUGCAGGACUCACUGUGAAGUCUCGGGUUUGUUUUGUCACCACAAAGUAAGCCACAGCUCUUUUCUUGGUUGGUAAACUCAGAGUAACUUGAUACACAAUGUUGACUCAAGCCAAUCAAACUUACCCCACCCCACCACAGAUAGAAACCAUUGCUCUAACCUCUGGGUGAGUGAAAGGUGUAUCAUAUACAUAUUCCUAUCAGAGUACUUGUAGUCCUUUUUUCAGUUUGUUUAUGGGUUUGUUGCCUAUUAAAUUAACCCCUGAGGGGUGGGAGCCUUAUCUUGGUCAUCUGUGAAUCCUCAGCAAUUUUUACAGGGCAUGGAGCAGGGUGGGCAUUUAGUAAAUCGUUAUGAACUGAAUCAGUGAGGAGAUUCUCUUUCAGUAUCAGAAAACUACCUGCCACAUAACAGUUUAGAUUUUAGUCCACUCAGCGCAUCUGAGCUGCUCAGGCUACUACAACAAAAUACCAUAGACUGAGUGGUUUAAACAACCAAUAUUUAUCUUCUCACAGUUCUGAGGCUGGAGUCAAAGCUGAGAGUUGCCAGCAGUGAUCAGGCUCUGAUGAGAGCUCUCUUCCUGGCCCUGGCGGGCUAAUAGCCUCCUCCUCGUCGGAUUCUCACCGGGUGCUGGGAGGAGGGGGGUCAUGAGGGGAUGGGAAUGGAGGAGAAUAUGCAAGCCCCCUGUUGUCUCCUCUAGUAAGUCACUAAUCCCACCAUGAAGGCACUAGCCUCAUGACCUCAUCUAGUAUAAUUACCUCUCAGAUUCCCCAUGUCCAAACACCAUCACACUGAGGGGGUUAUGGCUUCAGCUUAUGAACUUAGUUGGGGGACAGAAUUCAGUACACAUCAAGGGCUUCAUACUUCCAAGGACAGUGCCAAGCAAACGCUGUAAACUCGUGCCCUUCAACACCCUUUUUUUGCCUAAGGUGGGUGCCAUCAGUCUCUCCUCUGAGAGGUGCUUGUUACUCUUUAGGCAGACUGAUUAGGUUUCUGCUUUUUAAGUUAUUUUCACCUUUCCUUGUUUUCCUUUCUGGUACUAACUCCAUGUAACAUGGACUGGACUUGAGUGUUCUCAAAAUGUCCUCAAUCAUAUGUUUGCAAAUGAUCUCGCCCAUUACAUUCUUUAAAAAUAGUAUUGAUUACUUUUGUCUAAUUAAAAAAUAAUACAUUUUCAUUGCAGAAAAUCUAGAACCCAGAAAAGCACAAGAAAGAAAAAUGAAACUACUGUUAAUGCUAACACCCAUUUUAUUUUGAUUCUUUUAAAUUUUACUUUUGCAGUCUGCGGGAUGUCUUAUUUUCAGAAUGAUACCUCAUCCACUGAAUUAGUUGGGUGAAAGGCAAUAUAAAUAUAUUUGACUUCUGUGAAGAUAAAUAAAUUGAAAAUUUUUUGUUAUAUAUAAUGAAUGCUAAGCCUUCCAAAAAUUACUUAUUCACCCUGUAAUAUUCAAAUAUUAAUUUUUCAAUGAAUAAAACAAAUCCCUGCCUUUAGGGAGUUUAUGUUAUAAAAUCCAUUCAUUCAUUCACUCAAAAUAUACUUGUAACUUGCCUACUGUGUGCCAGUUUUGCUAGGUCCUGGGGAAUACAGUGAUGAAGAAUAUAUUCAAGAUGGAACUUGAAUUCUAGUGGGAGACUGACUCUAAUACUUGCCUUCAGAAAGCUUUCAAGCUUUCAAGGAAGCAAGAUGUGUACAAAUAGCUGUAAUCCAAAUGAAUGAUUCAAAACUGUUCUCAGUGAGGAAAACUUCGUAAAGGUGAUACGUGAACUGGAUCUAGAAGAGUGGACAUGAUUUGGAUUGAUGAGUUGAUAUUAGGGACUAAGGCAAAGAAAGGAACAGCUAGGUAGAGGGCUGGUAUAUUAUCGAAGUGCAAAAACAGUAAAGCCCGGGGUUCAGUAAAUGACUGACACUUAAGGUUGAUAAAGAGAAGUAGUGAGAAGAAGACUGGAAAAGAAAGUUGGCACUUAAAUCAUACCAAAUUGGUCAUUGGCCAAAUUUCUAUUUUUAUUGAAGUGCUUUCAGAAGUACAGAGCUAUUUAUAUAGACGAUAUGUUUGAAAGUACUUUCACAUCAAACUUAGGGAAUACUGCUAUCAUGAUUAAGGUUCUCUUUGUUCCUCAAAAGUUAUUUUUUGUUUUGCUUUUAAUGGCAUUGUUGUAAAUAUUACCAAUUCAAUUAUUUUUAACUUAUCCUUGAUUUUUUUUCUUACCAAAAAGGCUUCAGAUGUUUCUUUAGGUGUUUUUAAGUGAUUAUUAUUAAAUUUUUAUUAUAUUGUCUUUAAGUAAAUGAAGGACAUUAUUUUUGAAACCUGUCAGAACAUUGUAUUUCUAUAUGAAUAAUUUAUGUAGUUUUGUGUAACAGAUGGGAACUGCUUCCUGCCGUUUUGGGAGCAAGUGAUAUCACAUGUUUUGGUUGACUAAAAUUAAAUACGGCCUGAAUCCUCUGAA